AUUUCAAAUUUCGUUUUAUUUAAAUAUAAAAUAUCAAUUUAUAACUAAUUAGUGAAUCCUAAUCCGUUUUAAUUAACCAACUUAGAUUAGUAGCAAAAGUGACGUCACAACUGUCAGAUGCGCACGGCACCUUGCUAUCAAUGCUCCAUUUCAAUAACCGCUUUAAAAUCCAAAAUCCGUAAUCAUGUCCAGCGGAUUUCAAAUUUCGUUUUAUUUAAAUAUAAAAUAUCAAUUUAUAACUAAUUAGUGAAUCCUAAUCCGUUUUAAUUAACCAACUUAGAUUAGUAGCAAAAGUGACGUCACAACUGUCAGAUGCGCACGGCACCUUGCUAUCAAUGCUCCAUUUCAAUAACCGCUUUAAAAUCCAAAAUCCGUAAUCAUGUCCAGCGGAUUUGUGCGCAGCAGCUACAAAUUAUUCGUGGGCAACUUGCCGUGGACGAUCGGAAACAAGGAGCUAAAGAUAUACUUCUCCAAGUACGGGCACGUGGCCAACGCGGAAGUGGUUUUUGACCGGCAAGUGGGACUAUCAAAGCACUAUGGAUUUGUGGUGUUCAGCCAACGGGAUGCCUUUAACAGCGCAUGCAACCAAAACACCCACUUCCUCGAGGGCCGGGUCCUCACUGUGCAGCGGGCAAAUGAAAGUCCGCAAGGGCAAUAGAUAAUAUUAUGAUUGAUUUAAUGGUUAUUUCGAAAAAGACCAGAAGGCAUAGUUUCGAAACAGAUUAGUUACACAAGAAUGUAGCGAUUAAAGUACUAAGGAUCCAA